AUGGGAAGAGCGACUAUAUUCACGGCCGUAUCGGCUGUGCUUCUCACUGUAUCCAUGGUCUUUCUCAUCUUGGGUAUGGUUGCUCUGCCUGUGUCAACCAGCCUCAAGUUGGCUUCAACUAAGGAUUACACUUAUGGUAUUUUUGGUUAUUGCCGGGGCUCAUCGUGCCCUUCAGCUCUGUACCCUGUCUCCUUUGGCGACGUCGAUAAAGACGCAGGCUGGAAAUUUGCAACUUCCACCAGAAACACUUUGGCAAAAACGUUUAUUGUGGCACCAAUUGCGGCCGGCCUCUCCUUCUUGGCUACUAUCUUCACUGUUUUGAGCUUGUUUGCUGGAAAUAGCGCCAUCAAGAUCUUCUCUCUUGUUUUCGGCGUGAUCUCCUUUGUGGCUACGGCUCUUGUUGCUGUGAUGGUGGUUCUUGUGUUUUAUCCUAAUACUUCCUGGACUGGUUGGCUUUAUGUGGCGGCCGCUGGCUUGUCUCUUUUGGCUGUGCCUUGUCUACUUCUCUCCAUCAGGGUUUUUGGUGGGGAUGAAGAGUCGGAAGCUGAGAGUGAAAAGAAUUUUGGAACCUACGCCGCUGACACGAGCUUGGCAGCAAAUCCUUUGUUGCAAGACAAUCAGAACCGCUACCAGUUCAGUGGUCCUCCAGUUAAUAACUAUACGACUGAUGAUGUGAGUUCCUACUCUAAGGAUUACAGCUAUCGAGCUGCCACUGGCACUACCUUCUCUGCGAACAAGAACGGAUCUCAUGCCAGUCUCUUCGAUUCCAAACCUCAUCUUGUUAACGACAUCACGCAGCCAAACAAUGUUCCUGUUAGUUCAAGCAGAAAUAACAGCAAUGCCAGCAACGACAGUUACUACGAAGAUGCUCCAAAUUUUAACCAAGGACCAAGCACACCGAUCUCAUCAAAACAGAAAAUGGCUCCUAACUUCAUUCCAAACGUCGCUAUUCCUGCUAACAACUCUGGUUACAAGCCGGUGAGUGGUGGUUUGCCAUAUCCGAAAUCUGAAAGAGGAUCCACUGCUUACGGUCAGGAUGGUUACAAUGGAGUAGCAAUGGGAGUGUUUGACCAUCAUCCUAAUGUGGAAGGACACCAGCCAUUUACGGAGCUUGGUGACAAUGAUGGUGAAUCACCACUGCCAACACGUCAAAUUGACUCUGAUGAAGAUUCAGACUUCACCAGUGUAUCUCAAAGACCCCCUAAUGAUAUGUACCAGCAACCAAGGCCCCAGCAGUUUCAGCAGCAAUAUCCCAAUGUUGCAAACUAUCAACCUCAGUACCAACAAAAUCAGGCACCACCUACGCCAUCGUCCUACUACGGAUCUGAAGGGACGUCGUACAAUCCACAUUAUCAGCUAUCUGGACACCAACAGCAGCCAUUCCAGUCUGGUUCUGGGUACCAACAGCAGCCAUUCCAAGGCAAUCAGUUUCAGCAACAAAAGUUUGGCCAGGUUCCUCCUCGUCCUCAAAACAAGCCUACUGUGUCGGAUAGCAUUUUGAACAACAAUCCCGAUUUUGCAAUCGGUGGUGGCCAGCGCCGAAAGCAGUUUGUUCCGCCAUCCAAACGUUAUGGUAACCCCAUGAAGCCUCAGCAGAGGCCAAGUACGUCGUCGCGGGAUGGCCCUUACGGUAUGUUGUAA